GUGACAAUUUCAAAUUCCAAAUAGAUUCCACUUAAUUUUCAUAGUUUAUUUACUUUUCUCGUCACCUUUGUUGUUGUCUAUUUAAAUUAACUUAAAAUUACAGUAUUUAUAUAUUAAAAAUAAACACAAGUUUUCAAUUAAUUUAUUAGAUAUUUACGACAGUUUGUGUUUUCUUGUGUCUGUGAAACACUGACAUGGGAUCAGAAAAAGAUCCACUCGUCAGCGAAAGAUCAGGAACAGUUCGAGAAGUAGGAAAUCAUGCUAUUUGGAGCUUAUCUUCUUGUAAACCAGGUUUUGGUAUAGAUCAAUUACGAGAUGAUUGUAUGGACACAUAUUGGCAGUCAGAUGGACAAUUGCCACAUUUAGUAAACAUUCAAUUCCAGAGAAAAACAAUGGUCUCACACAUUUAUAUCUACACAGAUUACAAACUUGAUGAAAGUUAUACACCAAGUAGAAUAUCAAUCCGAGCAGGAACACACUUUAAUGAUUUGCAAGAAAUUGAGGUCAUUGAGCUUAUAGAACCAAGUGGAUGGGAAAUGAUACCAAUCAAGGAUAUGCAUGACAGGCCUAUUAGAACUUAUAUGAUCCAAAUUGCAGUGCUGAGCAAUCAUCAAAAUGGACGCGACACUCACAUGAGGCAAAUUAAAGUUCACUCACCCUGUGAACCAACUUCAUUUGAUAUCAACAAAUUCAGAAAUUUCUCUACAGUUCAAUUCCAGCAAUAUUCAACAAUUCGAUAAAUAUUUUAUAUAACUAUUUAUUUUAAGUAUUUUGCCAAAUAAUAAAUAAAUAUUUCUU